AUGAACGUCCUCAAGCUUCAAAGGAAGUUCCCGCAGUUCGAUCAGGGCGAAAUCUUCUCUCUUCAAGAUGCUUUUAGAAAGUUAGAUGUUGAUGAUAAAGGCUACUUGGAUGAAGCGACCGUGAUCAAAGCUACUCAACAAGCAGAGCGCCAGCCAUAUGACAUCGUACGGCAGGCGCUAAAGGAAGUUGAGCUGGAUAGCUCUCGACGGGUAGAACUUGAAGACUAUGUGGAUCUUAUCUCCAAGCUGCGUUCUACCUCGGGGCAAAGCGGGCUCGCCGGCACUGCAGGUCCCGCCGCGGUAGUAGCUGGUAAUGGCGCCGGCUCAUCUCGCCAUGUCUCGAAAGGCAGCAUAGGAGGAAGAAUUCACGUCCAGGGUUCAUCGGCAAAUGUAACUCAUACUAUCAAUGAGGAUGAAAGGACCGAGUUCACGAGACACAUCAAUGCCGUUCUUGCUGGGGACCCGGACGUGGUCACUUCCUGCCGUUUGCCACCGACACGUUCGAGAUAUACGAUUGAUGAGCGUGUCUUGAACAAGCCGGGAAAGAAAAUCAAGGAGUUGAACGCAUUCCACAUGUCCGAGAAUAACAACAUAGUGAUCAACUCGGCUAAGGGCAUUGGCUGCUCAGUUGUGAAUAUUGGAAGUGGUGAUAUAAUAGAAGUGCGCGAACAUCUCAUCCUUGGCCUGAUCUGGCAGAUCAUUCGCCGAGGUCUUUUGGGGAAAAUCGACAUCAAACUUCACCCUGAGCUUUAUAGACUUCUUGAAGAAGAUGAAACCUUGGAGCAAUUUCUACGUUUGCCUCCUGAACAGAUAUUGUUGCGUUGGUUCAAUUAUCAUCUAAGAAAUGCAAAAUGGAACAGACAGGUGACGAACUUUUCAACCGAUGUGAAAGAUGGUGAAAAUUAUACAGUUCUUCUCAACCAACUGGCACCCGAUGCUUGUUCACAAGGCCCCUUACAAACCCAAGACUUGCUUCAGCGUGCUGAGCAGGUUCUAGCUAAUGCGGAUAAACUUGGUUGUCGAAAGUUCUUGACCCCAACCUCACUCAUUGCUGGGAACCCCAAACUUAACCUUGCCUUUGUGGCCAAUUUAUUUAACACAAUUCCAGGUCUCGACCCUAUCACUGAAGAAGAGAAGCUCGAAGUUGAAGACUUCGAUGCUGAGGGAGAACGUGAAGCUAGGGUCUUUACGCUCUGGUUAAAUUCACUGGAUGUCCAACCAGCUGUUAACUCUCUUUUUGAUGACCUUCGGGAUGGCACUAUUCUCCUCCAGGCAUAUGAUAAAGUAAUUCCCGGAAGUGUUAAUUGGAGGCAUGUCAACAGACCACCAACCUCUGGUGGUGAAAUGAUGCGUUUCAAAGCGGUUGAAAAUACGAACUAUGCCACCGAGCUUGGAAAGAAUAUCGGCUUUUCUCUUGUUGGUGUUCAGGGGGCUGAUAUCACUGAUGGGCAGCGUACUCUUACACUAGGGCUAGUGUGGCAAUUAAUGCGGAAAGAUAUCACAAAUACACUGUCUAGCUUGGCGCAGCGGAUGGGUAAACGUGAGAUCACGGACUCGGAGAUGAUCCGGUGGGCAAAUGACAUGUCCCGCAGAGGCGGCAGGACUUCAUCGAUACGCAGUUUCAAAGAUCAGUCAAUCGGCUCAGGAAUCUUCCUCCUUGACGUGCUUAACGGCAUGAAGAGUAGCUACGUGGACUAUGAGAUUGUAACUCCAGGCCGCAGUGACGAAGAAGCAUACUUAAAUGCCAAAUUGAGCAUCAGUAUAGCAAGAAAGCUAGGUGCAACGAUCUGGUUGGUUCCUGAGGAUAUUUGCCAGGUCCGCUCUCGUUUAGUGACUACGUUCAUCGGCUCCCUUAUGGCUACAUAUGAGAAGAUGCAAUAA